UAUUUCGAGUAAUUCUGGGAAAUUUGGCCGAUUUUUGACAAAUCUGAAAGAUUUUUGAAAUGCAUUUAGCAGAAUUUGCCUGUGACCUUACGGUCACCCUGCCGCCGAGUAAUUCAAGAUGGCGGCCUCCAGCACGACGAGGAUUGGUUUCCAAUGAAACUAAAGGUGAAAUUUCUCUUUCUUCCCUGAGAUACGCAAACGUGUGCAAACGAACCUGGAAACUAUAGACAUCUGAAAAAGGCGGGACUGCUUUUCUAUCUCUUUAAAGAGGGAAUGACACCAGUUCUUCUACCCAGGCCUGUGUUGGUUGACUCGGUGAAUCAUGGACAGUAAAGGCACUUCUCCACCGGCAUCUAAUGUAGCCAGUGGGAUUCUGGUGGACCAGUACUCCAGACAGGUAGCCAGCAACCUCGGCCGUGAUUUGUUGAAGCAGUGUCAGGAGCCAUUUGUUUGCAUGACCUGUGGUAAAGAUUUUACUUCACAAAGUGAUCUUUGUGACCAUGAAAGGCUGCACAUGGAUGAGAAACCAUUUCUUUGCGAGACCUGUGGUGAAGUUUUUACUUCACAAAGUGAUCUUAGUGCACAUGAAAGGGUGCAUACAGGUGAGAAACCCUUCGUUUGCGAAACCUGUGGUGAAGCCUUUAGUUCACGAGGUACUCUUCAACGGCACGAGAGGAUUCACACUGGUGAGAAACCGUUUGUUUGUGAGACUUGCGGCCAAGCCUUCUCUCAGCGAAGUACUCUAUAUGAUCAUGAGAGACUGCACACUGGCGAGAGACCAUUCAUUUGUGAGACCUGUGGGGAAGCCUUUGCUCGGCAAACUCAUCUAAAGAGACAUGGCAGGGUUCACACUCGUGAGAAACCAUUUGUUUGUAAGACCUGUGGUCAAGCCUUUACCUCGCAAACCCAUCUAAACAUUCAUAAGGUUCACACUGGCGAGAAGCUAUUCAUUUGUGAGACCUGUGAUAAAGCCUUUGCUCGGCAGUGUGAUUUGAAACAGCAUAAUAGGAUUCACACUGGUGAAAAACCAUUUGUUUGUGAGACCUGUGGUAAAGCCUUUGGACGGCCCUUUGAUUUGCAACAGCAUGAUAGGAGUCACACUGGCGAAAAACCAUUUGUUUGCGAGACCUGUGGUAAAGCCUUUGCUCGGCAAUGUGAUUUGCAACAGCAUAAUCGGAUUCACACUGGCGAAAAACCAUUCGUUUGUGAGACCUGUGGUAAAGCGUUCACUCAGCACUCUAAUCUAAGCUCACAUGUCAUGCUUCACACUGGCGAGAAACGCUUUGUUUGUAAGACCUGUGGUAAAGCCUUUGCUCGGCGAAGUAAUCUUAACAGACAUGAGAAGGUUCACACUGGUGAAAAAACAUUCGUUUGUGAGACCUGUGGUCAAAACUUUACCUCGCAAAUCCAUCUAGACAUUCAUAAGGUUCACACUGGCGAGAAACUAUUUAUUUGUGAGACCUGUGAUAAAGCCUUUGCUCUGCAAAGUGAUUUGCAACAGCACAGUAGGGUUCACAUUGGCGAGAAACUCUUCGUUUGUGAGACCUGUGGUAAAGCCUUUGGACGGCCCUGUGACUUGCAACGGCAUGAUAGGGUUCACACUGGUGAAAAACCAUUUGUUUGUGAUACCUGUGGGAAAGCUUUUGCUCUGCGAAGUUAUCUUAACAAACAUCAGAGGGUUCACACUGGCUAGAAACCAUUUGUUUGUGAGACCUGUGGUAAUUCAGGCCUUAAGCUCAGCAAAGUAAUCUAAACAGAUUGGAGGGAUUAGACAGGCGAGUAAAGCAUUUGUGUUUUGUUUUUGGGGUAAAUUUUUUUCUUGCAGAAUUUUAGUAGUUCAAUAUUUCAACAUUAUCUUUGUGAAGACACUCCAAAACAUAUAUCGCUAUUAUGCAAAACAUAUAUCGUUAUUAUGCAAAACAUAACGUUCAUGAUGAAAAAUGUAGUGAAAUUUCUUCACCAAAGCUUACCACGUACACUUGGGGUGAACCGGCAAAUUGGGUCAAAGUAAUACAUUAUUACAAUGGUUACGACUCCACAAAGCCGGUGAGUGCUACAGAAAGUGCGACAUCCCACUACUUAUUUGUGAAAAAAAACUUCAUAAAUUGGAUGGAUGCUUAUAUGGAGGGAUGGAGGUUGCCUGAAAUACACAAUAUAGUGUACUCUAGGCCCUGAAUGUGGGUAACCAUGACAACAUUUCGCCAGUCUACUGUCUACUUGGAUUGAAUGAUAAUGUUUGAUCGUCUAAAGGCCUAUACUGUAUUUGCCAUGGCAUAGGCAGUGGAACAGCCGGGCCCAAGGAUGCAACACUCAUCGACAAGAAAAACCUAAAAAAAAGGCAACCCCCCCCCCCCCGACCAAAACA